GCGGCUGGCGCAGUAUAUGCCACCAAGUUCAUCAAAAAUAUAUAUAUAUAAAAUUAAAAAAGAGUCAUCCGGGGAAGGCUGGUGGUGCUUGUUGCCUGCUGGUGUGACCGAGUACGGCGUUGAAACCGGUGCUGUGUUGCGGACAAAUCGUCGUGGCAGAAUAAUGGAGCGCCGUUGAAGAGGCUCGGUGACGGGAUGGAAUUGUUUGCGCUUCGCGUGGUCACGACAACCAGAGUGAGCGAGCCCGGUCUAGUCGGCUUCUGGGACGUUCGUUUUGUGGAGAAAGUCUGGGAUAUUGCAUCAGGGGCGAAGGGAACACUGACAAGGACAAAAUCCACCUGCCAUCCACUCCGAUGCGGCCUUUUCGUCAGUUUUUGGACCCCGAAAAGUCUUAUCAUUAUCAAUCAUUCAUCUGUCCACCCGGGUCCCGGACGCGAAACACACGACAGCACGUGAGACUCUCGCGAGAUUUUGGUCGAGGCUGCUUGUUGUUUGGUCUGUCGAGAUGGUUCUGCCGGUGCUCUUUGUUGAUGGCAGGGUCUUGAUGUCACAGAUCAACGCCAACAACAGGCUAUGUAUGUAAUAUGUCCACUGAUGCUCUGAUGACGGAGCAAUUCUGCCUGCCAUCGUUCGCCGUGCCUCGGAUGAGCGAGAACAGGGUCCUUUUUUGUUUCGACGGGGGGCGAUCAGAACUGCCUUUCCUGGUUAACUGCUUCAUCUUAUUGGCGGAUGUCCAUUUUCGGCGUGACUGCCCCUCGGAGGCCAUGCGAUUUCCCCGCGAUAACCAACAAACCCAGUCGACCUGAGUUGGUGGUGGUGAGCUCUGACAUCGCGAGGGAACACAGGAUUCGUGACAGUCAGAAAAAUUAUGUGGGCCCGCGCAGCUGGAUGAUGAGGAAGAGCGCAGUCGAGCGCAGCAUUGGAGGCAAGAAAGUGCAUGCGACUGCAGGUUUUUGCGCACGUCGGGGAGCUUCUUCUUUUUUUUACCCCACCUCUAGCGCCGAUUCCCUAGCCCCAUACCGCCUUUUUAGACGGAUUGUGAUACCAUCCCUGCCGUAUCCUGCUGUGGCCCCCCUGUCGCAGCGGUCGUCUAGGGACUUGGCUGCCACUCGCUGGGGUCGCAUCGACUGCCGUUGCCCCUUCCAUCAUCCAAACAGAGCCGGGGAGUCCCACCAACUUUUUUUUUUCUGCCGUUUUCAAUGAAGGGUUCAUCCACCACAUCCACCACCUCCACCAGCUUCCGAACCCUCCGCCUCUCUCCGCCCGCCCAUUUUGUUGUCUAUUGUCUUCCCUUGCUCUUGUCUUGUUCCAACAAGUGACGGAACGGGUAUUUCGUGCUUCCUGCAGGUAACGAAGUGUGAAGCGCGGUUGCAACAAAAAAAGAAAAAAGAAAAAGAAGGUUUGGUCUGGAGAUAGCCUAGUAUCUACUACCUACCCACUUCAAACCCUCUCGUUAUCUUUUUUAAAGUCUCGCUGUUGCCCCCGAUGGCCCCAACCACAAUCAUGCGCCCCGAGCGUUCGGAGCGUCCAUACAACACUCGUCGCAAGUCGUUGUCGUUGCACUCGUUGGGAAUCCACGUUCCUGUAACUCACGCUGCCCGCGCCGCCGCUGCUGCCAGCCGAGCUUCUUCCUCCAACAACAACAACUCUUCUACUCAGUCAAGUAUGGCUUCAUCAAACACAAAGGAAGCCCCCUCCAGGAGGCUAAAACGCGCGCACACUCAGGAUGACGAUGAUGCGCUCACCUCAGAGCCGCUGCCCAAGAGGCGCGAUAGCCAGACAGUCAAGUUCGAAGACACUCCCCCGCCAUCCCCUCCUGCUGCCCAACAGUCCAUCGAGAUGGACGAGGAGGACUCGAAACCAAUCGACAUGGACGCCGUCAACGAUGAGAUCGUCGAGGCUGUCAUCGUUCAGCUCCAAAACACGGGCAACAGACCACACUUAGUGAAGGAGCUCGCUGCUGUCCUCAUGCAGCAGCUCAAGAUCGUUCAACAGUCCGCCAACCCGUGCGCCAUCAUUUCAUCAAGGUUAGCCACCUACUUGAAGCGCAGCGGCUGGUCAGCUCAGUCGCCUUGCCCGCUGGCCAAGGAGCUCGAGUCUGUCCACCCAAGGCGCACAUACUUUUACCUCACCACCUGCCCGCACCAGCCGCUCCCGGACCCGGCGCAAGCGGCCACCUUGAGCCACCUUGCGCACAGUCGCACCAUCAUCUCUCCCUCUCUGUCCAGUGGAGCUUCCAACUCUGAAGACGCCGACUCCGACGCCAUUCGGCGCCGCGAGCUGUCGCCCAGCCCGGAGGUGGAUCUCUCAAGCCCAGAGUUUGAUGAUAUGGAUGACGAAAUGCCGAGCACGCCUAUCGGCUCUUAUUCGCUUCCCGGCUUCUGCCUGCCCCCAACCUCUCGCUUCAUUGCCCACCACAGCAAUGGCCGCAGCAGCAGCCGUCGUGCGGCCUCGCCUCCUCUCGAAAAGGACGAGAAGGAGUUCACUCAGACGGCUACUGGCCUGCAAAAGAGGAAACUCAAUGGCGAUCUGCUCAGGGCCAACCCGCCUACCAUUGUCGAGCCAUUGCCCGUCUUGGAUCUUGAAAAAGAAGAGGGAUCGCUCUUUGGCGGGAACAACACAACCAGCAAUAACAAUGCGACCAAUCUGUCGUUUGUUUCAAGUCCCGCGAUCCGGUCUACAAUGUACUUCCCCGUCAGCAGGAAAGACCUCGAGACCGAAAGCUGGAAUAAAUGGGACAGCAUGCUGGAGUGGGACCGCAGCCCUGAAAAUAUCGAGCUUGACGAGCUUGAUGGGCUAUUGAGCGAUUACUGAGCGCGAAGACGCGCAAGGCUCCGGUUUGGUGUACGUAUGACAGGAUGGGAGCAUGCAUGACGUUGUGUACGAUCUGGGGGUUGGCAGUAUUGGCUGUAUCCGGGUGAUUGCCGGCAGCAUUUCCUUUGGGUCACAUGUGGCCUGUUACGACUUGUCCGCGAUGCUUUUACGUUUUUUACCUUUUCAUUAUUUCUUUCUUGUUUUGUCUCUCUUGGGCGGUUGGUCGGGAACGGACGGCAAAAAUGGGCCAGGUCUCCCCAUAGACGAAGCUAUGUCGUUUGGAACGGUACCAUCAUGGCGAUAUUGCAUGGCAUGGCGUUUUAUGACUACUUAGCUGAUGUGGGUUGCAUAUGGCGUUACAGGGGAUUUUUAUUAUCUUGGCUUUUAGUUGGGGGUAGCUUUGCGAUCGGUUUCUUUAUAUCCGGCGUUUAUUGUUGGCUUUUUGACGUGUGCUUAUGCAGUUUCGACUCUACUCUUUCUGCUCAAUCUGGUACCACAAAAGGGGGCGAUGGGAUCAAAAAAGGAGGGUUUUGUUACGGAGCAGGAAAGGGAGAUGGAAGAAGCUCUUGAUCUCGAACUCAGCUCUCUCCGUUAUUUUGUAUUAUUAUUCAGCCCUCCGAGCAGGACGAUGAGGAUGGAGUCGUUUUUGGGAGGCAGUUGCUAGAUACCACCUACUGGCUAUAGACGACAGAGGACGGGAGUGCACGGAUCCUUUCUACUCAUUAGAGUGAUGAUGAUAGAAAGGAGAAGAAGUGAGACCUAGAUGUUCGGCUUGGCUGGAGGCCGUUGGUGCCAAGGGAAUGAGGGCGUUAGAAAUACAAUAUAGUCU